CAGGCCCGCCCUCCGGGCACGCCUCCCCCUGGUAUUUUCGGGACUUUCCUAAACUGCUCUAACUUUCUGCCCCUUCCCCGGCCCAGCCCAGCUCCGCCGGAUCUCGCCCGCCACACCCCGACGGGCAGCUGGAGGACAUCGGACCCUCCCCCAAGUCGGGGACUCCUCCUGCCCACCCUCUCCUGACCUGUCCCCCAUCCCCUGCCGCUGCUCCCCGUCAUAGGCCGGUGCCCUAAAACUCUAGGAAGCAGAACCAGGGCCGAAGCCACCACACCGGGCCCAGCCCAGAGAUAUGGACACUUGCUACGACCCAGGCCUGGAUGGCCUCGAUGAAUAUGAUGAUUUCAAAUUCAGCCCGUCCAUGGCCGAGCCCAAGGAGCCAGCCCCGGAGACGGCUGAUGGCCCCUACCUGGUGAUUGUGGAACAGCCCAAGCAGCGAGGCUUCCGGUUUCGGUAUGGCUGUGAGGGGCCUUCCCACGGAGGCCUGCCUGGUGCCUCCAGCGAGAAGGGCCGGAAGACCUAUCCUACUGUCAAGAUCUGUAACUACGAGGGACCGGCCAAGAUCGAGGUGGACCUGGUGACACACAGUGACCCACCUCGUGCUCACGCCCACAGCCUGGUGGGCAAGCAGUGCUCGGAGCUGGGGGUCUGCGCCGUGUCUGUGGGCCCCAAGGACAUGACUGCCCAGUUUAACAAUCUGGGUGUCCUGCAUGUGACCAAGAAGAACAUGAUGGAGAUUAUGAUACAGAAACUUCAGAGACAGCGGCUGCGCUCCAGGCCCCAGGGCCUAACAGAGGCUGAGCGGAGGGAGCUGGAGCAGGAGGCCAAGGAGCUAAAGAAGGUGAUGGACCUGAGCAUCGUGCGGCUGCGCUUCUCCGCCUUCCUCCGGGCCAGCGACGGCUCCUUCUCCUUGCCCCUGAAGCCAGUUAUCUCCCAGCCCAUCCAUGACAGCAAGUCUCCGGGUGCCUCGAACCUGAAGAUCUCCCGAAUGGACAAAACGGCGGGCUCUGUGCGGGGCGGAGACGAAGUUUAUCUGCUCUGUGACAAGGUGCAGAAAGGUGAGGCUGGAGCCCUGGCUGGCCCGGGGCGCUGGGGAGGCCAGCCACAGUCUGCCUGCCAAGGGGCGGGAAGGGUGGCGGUGCGCGGGAGAUCCUGGCUCACCAGGCCCUUCUCCCAACCCAGGCCCCUGCACCUGGCCAUCAUCCACGGGCAGACCGCCGUCACUGAGCAGAUAGCCCAGAUCAUCUACCACGCGCAGCACCUCGGGGUCGCCAACCUCACCAACCACCUACACCAGACGCCCCUGCACCUGGCGGUGAUCACCGGACAGACCCGGGUGGUGAGCUUCCUGCUGCAAGUGGGGGCGGACCCGGCUCUCUUGGACCGGCAUGGAGACUCCGCUAUGCACCUGGCGCUGCGGGCAGGUGUGGGGGCCCCAGAUCUACUGCGUGCACUGCUGCAGAGCGGUGCUUCAGCUGUGCCCCAGCUGUUGCACAUGCCCGACUUUGAGGGCCUGUACCCAGUGCACCUGGCAGUUCGCGCACGCAGCCCGGAGUGCCUAGACCUGCUGGUGGACAGCGGGGCUGAAGUGGAGGCUGCAGAGCGGCAGGGUGGCCGCACGGCCCUGCAUCUAGCUACAGAGAUGGAGGAGCUGGGGCUGGUCACCCAUCUGGUCACCAAGCUCCACGCCAACGUGAAUGCCCGAACCUUUGCUGGAAACACACCCCUACACCUGGCAGCUGGACUGGGGUCCCCAACCCUCACUCGCCUCCUCCUAAAGGCUGGUGCUGACAUCCAUGCGGAGAACGAGGAGCCCCUGUGUCCACUACCCUCCCCGCCCACCUCCGGGAGUGACUCGGAUUCUGAAGGUUCUGAGAGGGACACCAUCAGCUUCCGGGGCCACACGCCACUUGACCUCACUCGCAGCACCAAGGUGAAGACCCUGCUGCUAAAUGCUGCUCAGAAUUCCAUGGAGCCCCCACUCACCCCACCCAGCCCUGCAGGGCCAGGGUUCUCCCUGGGCGAGACCACCCUGCAAAACCUGGAGCAGCUACUAGAUGGGCCAGAAGCCCAGGGCAGCUGGGCAGAGCUGGCGGAGCGACUGGGGCUGCGGAGUCUGGUGGACACAUACCGGAAGACCCCCUCACCCAGCGGCAGCCUCCUGCGCAGCUACAAGCUGGCUGGCGGAGACCUGGCAGGUCUGCUGGACGCCCUGUCUGACAUGGGUCUGGACGAGGGGGUGAGACUGCUAAGAGGGCCUGAGACCCAAGACAAACUGCCCAGCACAGCUGAAGCAAAGGAAGACAGCGCCUACGGGAGCCAGUCCGUGGAGCAGGAGGCGGAGACUCGGGGCCCACUCCCCGAGCCCCCAGGAGGCCUCUGCCAUGGGCACCCCCAGCCUCAGGUGCACUGAGCGGUGCCCCUCACAGCCCUCCUGGACCCUGUACAGCAUCCUCGCCUGCUCUAAGUCUUAUUUAAUAACACCACUGCCCACUUCUCAGCUGGGGCAAAUAAAGGAUUCUCAGAAAGGGGAGGACCCUCUCCAGUGUG